GCGGGGUGAGUGUCCGACAAUCGCCGACACGUCAGCAACGACGGCAAAGGGCAGCGAUGGGCGAAGACCGGGGCUCAGGGGUGGCUAACGUAAUACGGGAAUAUGGAUCCCCGACGGGGAGGAGGGAAGGUAGACACGCAGGGAGUGCCAAUGCCAUGAGGGACAUGGCCGGUGAUUGUUCGCCUAGCAUGGCGGUUGUGAGUUCGGAUGGUGCGGGCGAAGGGUUGGCGGCGGGCUUGGAUGGGGAGAACUCCGACUGCGAUGGUGAUGAAGGACCGGCAGCCGAUUCGUCGACGAACCCAGGUGGAGGUGCGCAUGGUCGGACCACCGCGAGACCUGCGUGUGGUACCUGGAAGAAGUGGGGGAAGUCUACAACCCAGCCCAAGAAGAACAACCUAUGGACUCUGGAAGAGCGAAUAGCCCUGGCGAGGAUCAGCGGCGAGGAUGACGCCCUCAUGGCCGAUGCAGAGGGUGCUCAACAACACAUGACAAGGACAAGGAGGUAUGAGUGGAUCCCGGACCGCCUAGCGGACCUGGGUUAUUUGAGGACAGGGGAGGAUUUUGUAGGAAGAAGUGGGCAAAGUUCCAGAAGAAGACGAGGCGGGCCGCAGCUAGAAAAGUUCGUGGAAGGUGAGUCAUCGUCCUACAUGUUCGGCAUGGCUUCGGUGAUGGAGGAAUCUACGUGGUCUCUUUGCGAGGGCCUGGACAAGGCUGCCGGAAACAUGGCACAUGCCACGACAGAAGGUGUUGCGCUCAUGGCAGCGAAGAUGGGAGAUAUGGCGAUAGAGAUCGGGGCUGUGGCAGGGGCGAUGCAGCAAGGGAAUAGUGUGUUGGAGAUGAUGGUCGGGGUGAUGGCAGGUAGAGGGUCAGGGACUGGGCGGGUGGCCAGCGACAGUCAGGACACGGACCCGUCGACGAAGUAGGGCAUUGCGGGUCGUCGAUUUCCAACCCGUCG